AUGUCUGUUCUGAGAGAUCAUUACUAUAGGUUAGCAUCAGAAGUUCCGCAGGAGAGACUUACUGCUGCCACCCAACUUAUUGAUGAACUUAAUACUGUCAACAAUGAAGAAGAGUGGACAUAUGCCUUAAACAGAUUAACCAAAGGAUUGAUCACAACUAGACAAAAUGCAAGAUAUGGGUUUAGCAUUGCCUUAACAGAAGUUAUCCGAGAAUUAAUCGAAAAAGAGCAACUUACAAUCCAGAAAUAUUUAGAGUUAUUAUUGGAAGUAACUGGUAUCAAAUCAAACAUGAAAGGAAAAGAAGAAAGAGCUGUUUUAUUUGGGAGAUUAUUUGGGUUACAAUGUUUGCUCAAUUCCGGGAUAUUAUAUGAAAAAGUCGACACCAGCAUAUAUGCAGAAUUUAUUGAUAUGCUUACUCUGUUGGCUGUACAGAAAUCUUGGUUAAGAGAGACUACAUUUUUCACAAUACUCCAAUUUAUUACCCAAUUAAAGCAGAAGGAAUUAAUGAGUGACGAAACUGCCUUAAAGAUCUUGCAAAGUGUCAACGACGUUGGAUUGAAUUUAUCGACGGAAGGACUUUCAAUUUAUCUCUCGAUUGACAAAGAAGUUCGAGAUCGAGUAGUUUCCAAAAUGACUAAUACGAAACCAAAUUGGAAAAAUGGUGAUCCAUUAUUCAAAGGAAACUUAGCUACCAUUACGAAAGUUCUCAGGGAUGUCGAAGUAGUGGAAGAUCAACAGGAAGAAGACGACAAGAAAACCAAAGGAAAUAAGAAACAAAAAGGUAGUUGGAGUUCCAGGCUUCCAUUUGUUUGGGAUAUUUUGAUUUCAAAAUUUAAUGAGCUUUACCGUGAUGACGAUGACGACAACACCGAAGACGUUUCAGUAGCCGAUAGUAAGAAGAGGAAAAAGUCAUCCAAGAACGUCGCCAACAAAAAGUCUCAAACGCAAGAUGAUAAAUAUUUUAUUCAAGUUAAAGAAUUUUUCAAGAUUGCAGUUGAUGAAUCAUUGUUUUCCGAGAAAUCCUCUCAUGAAAGGAAAUACUGGGGCUUCGAGAUAUUUCAGAAAUUUUUAUCAUCCUUAGAUGAUGUUGAUGCCAUGGAACAUUUAUUCACGCCAAAUUUGAUGAGAUGCUUAAUUAACCAAAGUAGUCAAGCUAAUAGAUUUCUUAAUAGGAUUUCUGUCUUAACUUUACAAAAGAUCAUUAAAGUGGCUGAAGCAAAGCCACAAAUUGUACCAGUUGUUUUCAGAUGCCUUCUCGAUGAAUCCAAAGGAGGAUGUUGGAAUUUUGAUCUCGUGACAAAGUCUCAUACUGUUGAAGGUUUGCUCUCAAUUCCCGGAAAGACACAAGAUGUAGAACUUGCCUCAUGUCUCAUUAAAAUAUUGAUUAAUGAAUUCAACACUGCUUUGAAAUCUCAGGAUUCUCCCGAUGAUAAUUCAGCCAGCUUUAAAAGAUCCAAUGAUAACAUAUUAAAAUGGUGUCUUGAUAGAAUUCUCUAUCUUAUCAGGCAUAAUAGACAAAUUGCAGACUCAAUCAUGAUGGAUGAAAUUCUUGAAUUGUUAAUCCGUCACGCAUUUUUCAAGUCCACGGUUUCUUCAAACAUCAGAGAUAUUUGUCAAGAAAGAUUAAAUUCAAUUCUAGCAGAAAUUAUCUCCAAGAAAAGACCAAUGGAUGGUAAUGCAUGGUCCACUUAUUGUUUCCAAAAGAUCCAAGAAUGUGAAAAGCUAUUUGAUUGCUUGCUUGAAUUUGAUCAAGAGUUGCUCGAUAUCAAGAAUGAUACUGUUGAUACCUUGAAAACUCUCAUUGAAUUGAAAACUAAGAGCAAAACGAGGAAGGAGCAAUUAUAUUGCUUUGAAUUGUUAUUUUCAAUGGUGUUGAUUCAAUUGUAUAUGGAGGAUGAAGAAACAAUUCAAGUAAUCAAUGAAUUGAAAUUAUGCUUUGAAAAUCAAUUUAAUCAAGAAGACGGAAAUGAAGAAGUGGAUUCUGGAAUGGUUUUAACUGAAGUUAUAUUGAGUUUUGUAUCUAGAAAAUCUUCUCUUUUGAAGAAGCUUUCUAGUAUUGUUUGGGAGCAUUUCUUAUGUGGCAAGGAUGAAGAAGGGAAAUUGAGAUUAAAUGAUGAGAGUUUGAAAUUGUUAUUAGAUGUACUUGUGGCAAAGGAAAAUAAGGAGGGUCAACAAAAAUUAUUCGAGGGUGAAGAUGAAUUUGUAGAUGAAGAUCACGAUGGAGAAGAGGAAGAAGACGAAGAAACCAAGGAAUCAGAAAAUGCCUCAAACGAUGAAGAUGAGGAAGCAUCCAGUGAAUCUGACUCAGAUGAAGAUGAGGAUGACGACCUUGCUGAAUUGGACAAAGAAACCAAUUUGAAACUAGCAAAGGCGUUGGGGAUCCCCACUUCAGAAUCAGGGGAGGUUAAGUUUGACGAAUUGGAUUCUUCCUCUGACGACGACAGUUUUGAAUCCGACUCUAUGGAUGACGAGGAAAUGUUGGCUAUGGACGAUCAAUUGUCAAAAAUCUUUAAAGAUAGGCAAGAUGCUUUAAGCAGUAUACAGACUGGAAACAAGAGAAAAACCGAAGUCUUACAAGCCAAAGAACAGAUGAUCUUUUUCAAGAAUAGAAUAUUGGAUUUACUUGACACAUUUGUUAAGAAACAACCAAACUCGCACUAUAAUUUGAGUCUCAUUGAACCUUUGAUUAAGUUAAUUAACUUAACAUUGGAUAAGAAUGUUGGAACAAAAGCUCAUAAACUAUUAAAGACAAGAAUCAGUAGGACAAUGGUUACAAAUGAGGAGCUCGAUUUAUUUUUCCCCACAAAGGAAGCAAAAGAUGUUUAUAUCAAUUCCUUAAUCAGCUUGAUUAAGUCCCUUCAAAAGCAAGCAAAUGAAACAAAAUCAUCGAACCAAGCUGUAACUGCAAGUUAUAAUCAAAGUUGUAUCAUCCUUGCUAAAAAUAUAGUCAACAUUCAGCCUGACGCAUUGGAAAGAAUUCUUAAUAUUUAUACCGACUCGUUAAAGGAAUGGGCAUUGGAUCCAAAGAGUAAAUUACAGCCAUCGUUAUUCUUUGACUUUAUCAACUGGAUAAACUCAAAGAAAUAG